AUAGUCACUGGGAACAGUUUACAUUAAGUAUUUUGGUUAGUUUGUAUAUAAUCCAAAAUUAAAAAGAAAAAAGAUGUGUGUAAUAUGAAACAUAAUCCUCAUAAUACAAUAAUAAAUAGUAUUCAAGUAUGAAAUAUUACUAACAAAUAUGGACAUCCGAACCACACUGUUAAUACAUUACAUAUUUUUUAUUGCACAAAUCACUUAUGGUCUUCAUAGAAAUUUAAAGUAUUAUGAAACCAUUCAUGCAUCUCAUUUUCAACAUAAGAUUGUAAAACGUGGUGUCCAACAUAGUUCUCACCCUUAUAAUAAAAUAAAUGAAUUGGAAUUUUAUUCUCAUGGACGGUAUUUUCGUUUAAUUCUGACACCAAGAAAAGAAGUCAUUCACUCUAAAUUUAAAGCAUAUGAAGUAAAUGGUAAUGGAGAAGAAAAAACUGUACAUUUAGAUCAUGAGAGCUUUUAUCAUGGACGUGUAUUUGGAGAAAUAGAUUCUCAUGCACAAGUACAUAUUGAUAAUGGAGUUAUUACAGCCAGUAUUACAAUUUCUGAUGAAACAUUUCAGAUUGAGCCAUCUUGGAGACAUUUGCCUCAUUUAGGUAAUGAAACAAUGAUUGUUUAUAAAUCAUCAGAUGUUAAAUUUAGUUGGGAACAUUUUGAAAACGGUGAAGGUCAUACACAUGGUGCUCCAAAAACUUGUGGAUAUGUAAAAGAAGAAUUAAACAUUCAAGUAGAUGAUGAGGAAGAAUUUAAGUUGAAAUCACGUGAACAUUUCAGAACAAAAAGGCAAACAGAAACUUAUGAAUAUACUCCAACAAAAACAAGAUGUCCUUUAUUGCUGGUUGCUGAUUACCGUUUUUAUCAAGAAAUGGGCGCUAGUAGUACAAAAACUACAAUUAAUUAUUUAAUAAGUUUAAUUGACAGAGUUCAUAAAAUUUAUAACGAUACUUUAUGGCAAGAACGGCAAGAACAGGAUGGAUUUAAAGGAAUGGGUUUCGUCAUUAAGAAGAUUGUAGUUCAUAGUGAACCAACUCGUGUAAGAGGUGGCGAAACACACUAUAAUAUGGUUAGAGAAAAAUGGGAUGUACGCACUUUACUCGAGGUUUUCAGUCGGGAGUAUAGUCACAAAGAUUUCUGUUUAGCUCAUUUAUUUACUGAUCUCAAAUUUGAAGGUGGUAUAUUAGGACUAGCGUAUGUCGGAUCUCCUCGUAGAAAUUCAGUAGGUGGCAUUUGUACACCAGAGUACUUCAAGAACGGCUAUACAUUGUAUCUUAACUCAGGUUUAAGUUCUAGUAGAAACCACUAUGGUCAAAGAGUAAUUACUAGAGAAGCCGAUUUAGUUACCGCACACGAAUUUGGACAUAAUUGGGGUUCUGAACAUGAUCCAGAUAUAACAGAAUGCAGUCCAAGUGCUAGUCAGGGCGGUUCUUAUUUAAUGUAUACAUACAGCGUUAGUGGAUAUGAUGUGAAUAAUAAGCGUUUUUCACCAUGUAGUUUAAGAUCUAUUAGAAAAGUAUUACAAGCAAAAUCGGGUCGCUGUUUUUCCGAACCAGAAGAAUCGUUUUGCGGUAAUUUACGGGUCGAAGGAGAUGAAGAAUGCGACGCAGGAUUGCUAGGCACUGAAGAUAACGAUGCCUGCUGUGAUAAAAAUUGCAAACUUCGUAGAAGUCAAGGAGCAGUUUGCAGCGAUAAAAAUUCACCCUGCUGUCAAGGUUGUGCAUUUAUGCCAAUAGGUGUAAAAUGCAGAGAUGCACAAUAUGCUACCUGCGAACAAGAAUCACGUUGCACAGGAGCAUCGAGCGAGUGUCCUAGAUCUCCUCCAAUGAAAGAUGGCACAGGGUGCCUUGAAAGAGGUCAAUGUAGACUUGGAAAAUGUGUACCAUAUUGUGAAACACAGGGUUUACAAAGUUGCAUGUGUGAUACAAUUGGAGAUGCAUGUAAAAGAUGCUGCAGGAUGAGUUUGAAUGAAACUUGUUUUCCAAUAGAUCCACAGGAUAUCUUACCUGAUGGAACACCAUGUAUUCAAGGUUUUUGCAAUAAGGGUGUUUGUGAGAAAACAAUUCAGGACGUAGUAGAGCGAUUUUGGGAUAUUAUCGAAGAUAUAAAUAUUAAUAAAGUUAUGCGAUUUUUGAAAGAUAAUAUAGUGGGUGCAGUAAUAAUUAUAACAGCCAUUGUAUGGAUCCCGACAAGUUGCGUUAUUAGUUACAUCGAUCACAGACGUGUUAAAGAAAGUGAAAAGAAAUGGCGUUGGAAACAUACGGACGAACUUAUUCAUCCAGAUGAACAGAGACAAGUUAUUUACAUAGGUGGACAACGUCAAAGAAUACCACAGAUUACGCAACAAUCAUAAAUAUUUAUUUAUAUAUAUUUGUAAAGGAGUUAUACAUAAUGAAACUUCUAGUCACAAAUGUUUUAAUUUUUUAUCUAUUUUCCAUUUAUUUUGUAUAUAGUUAAGGGUUUUAAUAUAUACUAUUAUGUUAA